GGUCCUCCAUACUACAUAGCAAUGAGCUGUGACGUUAUAAAUAUGGAGUUUAUGAAAGAGGAGAAAGACGAUAUGAGAAAUUCAGAAACAUGCAAAGUGAAAUGUGAAGAUACAGAGGAACAAAUAGACGUGAUGAACAUGCAAGAGAAAAGUGAUGAAUUGAAUGAAAUGGAGAAUAAACGUCAGUAUCAGAAACUUCAUGAUGCUGUAUCUGGAGGAAAAAAAGGACAAGAACUAUUUCAAAGAACAGAAUCCAAAAAGUCUUUUACCUGCCCUCAAUGUGGAAAGAGUAUCACAACUAAACAAAGCCUCAAAGAUCACAUAAGAGUUCACACUGGAGAGAAACCUUUCACAUGCCUUCAAUGUGGGAAGAGUUUCAAAUAUAAAACAACCAUUCGUAUUCACAAAAGACUUCACACUGGUGAGAAGCCGUUCACAUGCCCUCAGUGUGGCAAGAGUUUCUCACAGAAAGGAUCCUUUCAGAGACAUGUAAGAAUUCACUCUGAAGAGAAGCCGUUCACAUGUGAUCAGUGUGGAAAGUGUUUCAAAUGGUCAUAUAGUCUCAAAGUUCACAAGCUCAUUCACUCUGGAGAAAAGCCAUUUGAUUGUGAUCAGUGCGAUAAGAAGUUUGUUAAGGAAUCCGAUUUAAAGGGCCACAUGAAAGUUCACACAAAAGAGAAGCCUUACUUGUGUUCUCUUUGUGGAAAGACGUUUUCAUGGCUGGGCCGUUUUAAAGACCAUCAGAAAAUACACGCUGGUGUGAAAGAGUAUUUGUGCUCUGAUUGUGGUAAAGCUUUUACUACAGCCACUGAGUUGAAAGUUCACCGAAGGAUCCACACGGGAGAAAGACCUUACAAGUGUUCGUAUUGUGGAAAGAGUUUCAAACAGUUAGGAGGACUGCAAGGACACGAGAGAAUUCACACUGGAGAGAAGCCGUAUCAAUGCCAUCAGUGUGGCAAGAGAUUCAGCCAUUCCAAAAGUGCACAGAUUCACAGUAAGAAGUAUUGCCCAAAAUUAAAAGGAAUGUCAGUACAAUUGGAGAUACAAGACCAUAAGAGCACAGAUUUUAAUAAGUGCUAAAUUAUUUUUCUAUGAAUUAUUUGUGAUUCAAAAUGUGAAAACAUACCCAAAGGGUCAUGCAGUCAUUUAUUGAAUUAAAAUAAAGUUUAAAAUCUUCAUUUGUUAUUUUUCAUA